AUGCCCAAAGCAUCACAACUCCUGAUGCUGAACACUUCUGGUUGCCCCUCCCCAGUAGAGGUCAGAGGAGCCGUUGGGAACAGCACCACUGUCACUGAGUUUGUCCUACUGGGGCUCACAGAUGCCUGUGAGCUGCAGAUGCUCAUCUUCUUGGGUUUCCUCAUGACUUACUUUGUCACUUUGCUGGGGAACCUCCUCAUCGUGGUCAUCACCCUCAUAGACAGACGUCUCCACACUGCCAUGUACUAUUUCCUCCGCAAUUUUGCUGUCCUAGAGAUCUGGUUCACAUCUGUCAUUUUCCCCAAGAUGUUGACAAAUAUCUUGACUGGAAGUAAAACUAUUUCCCUUCCAGGCUGCUUCCUACAGAGUUUCCUCUAUUUCUUUCUAGGUACUACAGAGUUUUAUCUUCUGGCAGUGAUGUCUUUUGACAGGUAUGUGGCUCUCUGUAACCCUUUACGUUAUGCUACCAUCAUGAGCAAAAGGGUCUGUGUCCAGUUAGUCCUUUGUUCAUGGAUGGCAGGAUUCCUUCUCAUCAUUGUCCCAAGUUCAAUCAUAUUUCAGAGCAAGGUGGUGGCCCUGCUCAACACUGUGGUGACGCCCAUGCUCAAUCCCUUCAUCUACACUCUGAGGAACAAACAAGUGAAGCAGGCAUUUAGGGACCAGUCUUCACCCAGGACCCCAUCGUCUACCAUCUACCAGCUCCAGUCAGUCCAAGAGAAGGAUGAAGGCUUGCUUCAAAUGACUACUGUAUUUUCCAAGACUUUUUACCAGGAUGAACUUGCUAAAAAUGGAAUACUUCAAAGCAUUCUGAACUUGUCAGACCUUCUGAAUGAUGAAAUUCCAAGGAAACCAUUUGCUUACUCUGGGUAA